AUGGUCUUCCCUCUAAAGCCCGUCUCGAGCGAAGUCAUGUUUUCCUCCCGCAAGAAUAAUUAUAAUUGGCCUCCCUACCCGGAUUUGACUGCUCUUUUUCAUCAACCUUUCUCUAAGAUUAUUAAUCACCUUUUCUCUUCCAUUCCAGCUAAAGAUUUUAAUCUUUUUGCUAUUGGUUGGUGGUUUAUUUGGUUUUCCCGUAAUCAGGUGGUUUUUCGAGAAUCUGGCUCCUCGACUUCUUCAGCGGCAGCAGCCAUUAGUAAGUUUGCUUCUAAUUGGUUGCAGGUGUCCACCCCUCCUUCUGUUUCUGCCCGUUAUCCUAAGCGGUGCCGCCAAGGUGAUUCCAUCUCCUGGUCUCUCCCCCUACGGGGUUCUUCAAGCUUAAUUUUGAUGGUCUCAAAGCUAAAGGAUGGUAAAGCUUCCUGUGGAUUCGUGGUUCGUGAUGAUAGUGGGGAGGCGGUGGUAGCAGGUGCUAAGGCUUUAGGGAGUUCCAUUUCUAUCCUCCAAGCGGAGGCUUGGGGUCUCAGAGAAGGGGUUAAGGCUGCUCUGGAAAUUGGUGUGGCUAAGGUCCUUAUUGAAGGUGAUAAUUUGGCGGUCAUCAAUUCAGUUAAUAAGUCUUGGCGUAUCCCUUGGGAAAUUGCGAAUAUCAUUUCUGAUGUUGCUCGUGAUAUUGAGUUGUUCUCCAGUGCCAAAGUUCAUCAUGUUUUUAAGGAGGCAAAUCGGGCGGCGGAUUUCAUGGCCAGCAAGGGUCAACUGUGUUCUUCGUUAGUUCUUUCUGUUCCUCCUUUUUGA